AUGUACAGACCUUACCCUCUGACAACGGUCAUCUACAGAGCGACAAACCCACUGAAAACGGUCAUCAACAGAACGACAAACCCUUUAACAGCGAUCAUCAACAGACCGACAAACCCUUUUACAGCGAUCAUCAACAGACCAACAAACCCUUUUACAGCGGUCAUCAACAUACCAACAAACCCUUUGACAGAGGUCAUCAACAGACUGACAAAUCCUCUGACAGAGGUCAUCUACAGAGCAACAAACCCUCUGAAAGCGGUCAUCAACAGACUGACAAACCCUUUACAGCGCGGUCACCAACAGACUGACAAACCCUUUAACAGCGGUCAUCAACAGACUGACAAAUCCUCUGACAGCGGUCAUCAACAGAUCGACAAACCCUCUGACAUCGGUAAUCAACAGACUGACAAAUCCUCUGACAUCGGUAAUCAACAGACUGACAAACCCUCUGACAUCGGUAAUCAACAGACUGACAAACCCUUUACAUCGGUAAUCAACAGACUGACAAAUCCUCUGACAUCGGUAAUCAACAGACUGACAAACCCUCUGAAAGCGGUUAACAACAGACUGACAAAUCCUUUUACAACGGUCAUCAACGUACCAACAAACUCUUUAACAGCGGUCAUCAACAGACUGACAAACCCUCUGACAGCGGUCAUUAACAGACUGACAAACCCUUUUACAGCGGUCAUCAACAGACCAACAAACCCUCUGACAGCGGUCAACAACAGCCCAACAAACUCUCUGACAGCGGUCAACAUCAGACUGACAAACUCUCUGACAGCGGUCAUCAACGUACCAACAAACUCUUUUACAGCGGUCAUCAACCAACUGACAAACCCUCUGACAGCGGUUAUCAACAAACUGACAAAUCCUCUGACAUCGCGGUCAUCAACAGACCGACAAACCCUUUUACAGCGCUUUAACAGCGGUCAUCACCAGACUGACAAAUCCUCUGACAGCGGUCAUCAACAGAUCGACAAACCCUUUUACAGCGGUCAUCAACGUACCAACAAACCCUUUUAUAGCGGUCAUCAACAGACCUACAAACCCUUUAACAGCGGUUAUCAACAGACCGACAAACCCUUUAAAAGCGGUCAUCAACAGACUGACAAAUCCUUUGACAUCGGUAAUCAACAGAUCGACAAACCCUUUUACAACGGUCAUCAACAGACCGACAAACCCUUUUACAGCGGUCAUCAACGUACCAACAAACACUUUAACAGCAGUCAUCAACAGACUGACAAACCCUUUAAUAGCGGUCAUCAACAGACUGACAAAUCCUCUGACAACGGUCAUCAACAGAACGACAAACCCUUUUACAGCGGUCAUCAACAGACCGACAAACCCUUUAACAGCGGUCAUCAACAGACUGACAAAUCCUUUAACAGCGGUCAUCAACAGACUGACAAAUCCUUUGACAUCGGUAAUCAACAGACCGACAAACCCUUUUACAGCGGUCAUCAACAGAACAACAAACCCUUUAACACCGGUCAUCAACAGACAUACAAACCCUUUAACAGCGCGGUCAUCAACAUCCUGACAAACUCUUUUACAGCGGCCAUCAACAGACCGAGAAACCCUUUUACAGCGGCCAUCAACAGACCGACAAACCCUCUGACAGUGGUCAUCAACAGACCAACACACUCUCUGACAGCGGCCAUCAACAGACCGAGAAACCCCCUGACAGCGGUUACCAACAGACCGACAAACUCUGACAGCGUCGACAAUGUGGACGUGAACGACGAUGGCGCCGACGAGGAAGAGGAGGAUGGCGCCGACGAGGAUGAGGGGGACGCCUAUGAGGAUAGGACAAAGGAGAUUAGUGAGGAUUAUGACGACAAUUACGAUGAAGAUGAAAGUGAUGAAUUGAAACAAACCGAACCGAACGCGCCCUUAAAGUGUGCAACCUACCGGAAGUUGUUAUUUGACACUUCCGCCAUAAACAAGCCGCUAAACGGGAACAGUACAGGACCCCAGAGACCAACAUUGAUGGAGUACACCCGUGUGCCUCUGAUACUAAGUGAUGAAUCAGAUGAAGAUAUUUUCGUUAAAGGAUAUGCCCAUUAUGGCGAUUUAGAACUGAAACUGCUACCUCCAAAUAAUGGCAUGAAACCAUCCUCACCACAGCAUCGCAAACACAAGAAGAAGAGAUUUCUUACGAGGUGUCAGAUUAUCUCUGUUGCUGUAACUGUCCUUCUGGUUAUUUUUGUUUCUUUGGGGAUCUUUGCAGCGAUUCAUUCACAUUCAUCUCAUGAUAGCCAGCAGGCCACAUCAGGACAACUUGGAAAUAGCAAUCAGACAGUCACAUCAGGAAAACUUGGAAAUAAUGAUCACACGGUCACAUCAGGACAUAAGACUAAGAAUGGCAAUCAGAUCAAGAAUAAGAAACCAACCGAAAAUUGGAGUAAAACUUUUGAUAAAUUAUUGGAUUCGAUGUCCGAGUCCAAUGUGCGGCUUUUAGAUGUUGAUGGAGACGGACUAGAUGAUGUGAUAUUCGCCACAGUUUCAUCAGAAAUCGCUUUAGCCUUGAUGAGGUUAGACGGAAAUGAAACACAAAUGAGGAACCUUUGCUUAGAAAAAGGAGAGGAGUAUCCCUGUGUUGGCCAUCUGUAUGCUCUACGAGGCUAUGACGGAAAAGUUCUAUGGAGAGAAAAAGUGUAUUCGUCCAUAACACUCAUCAACUGUGCCGACUUUGAUGUAGACAAAGACGGUUACAAAGACUGUAUUUUGUGUGGUCGCCCUGCAGGUGUCCAGGCCGUCAGUACAAAGACAGGUAAGACAUUAUGGGUUGGUGACAAAACUCUGAUGUCCCCAAUGUGGAACACGUUCCAGGUGCUAGCUCUGCCGGACUUUGAUGGGGACGGUGUUUCGGAGGUCUUGGUGCCUAAUGGGGGAGACCCCAGCAAGGAUGCAGAGGAUCACGACCGUGCAGCAGGACGUCUGUUGAUCUUGUCGGGAGCGACAGGACAGACGAUGGGUAGUCGUUACCUGGCGAUGCCUGACAGUAGGGAAACAUACUUUAGUCCCGUUAUGUACACGUGUGUGGAUGGGUCCCAGUACAUACUGUUUGGAAGUGGCGGGGAAACUGUGACGGGUGACUUAAUGAUGAUAUCCCUACCGGAUUUCUAUCGCUAUGUAAUGGAGAUGGAUGGUGAUGUCCCAGGUGUUCAGGGCCGAUAUGACCAGUGGCUAGAGGAGACACGGGACCCAACAACAGGCAUCAUUACCCUCUACAAGGGGACAACAAAGGGAGUUAUGGUACCCCCUGUCAUCGUGGAUGUGGAUGAUGAUGGAGUGUUGGACAUCAUGGCCUCAAUUUAUGAUGGCAAAAAUAUACUCUACAACGGCAAGGAUUUGAGCAUCAUGUGGUCAGUUGACUUCCCAGGACAGGAGUCUUACAGUACACCUGCUCCUGGCCAUUUUGAUGAUGAUGGAACUCUGGACUUUAUGACCCACUGGAGUCUUGGUCAGUGGCCUGUAUAUAACAAAUCUCAGGCUGUGAUUCUGAGUGGUAAAACAGGGGGGGUAAUCUGGAAGUUUGACACCGAUUGGUACGAGAUGUCUUCUGAUCUGACUCUCCUCACCGACGACCCACACAGGGACAUGUUCUUGUUCAAGUUAAAGGGGCGUGGCGCAAAUGUGCACAUGGGCAAGGACGAGAUUCUGAUACGUACUGGCGAGCUACAUAACCCACACCAGCAUGAUGACACAAACCACGCACAACGCCGCCACCUGGGUCAGGAUGGGCAUCAAAGUGGAAACAUUACACCAUCAGGAAUCGUAGCCAAAGAUGACUACAGGCACCACCAUAUCGUAUGUGAGGAGAAGUCCAACCUCAAGACAGAGCUGUUUCUCAUGGACCGAACAAUUACCAACCAGCCAAUCAAAGUCAUGGAAGUGCCAGCCCAGUCUUACACAUAUACAGUUCGCCGUGAAAAGGAUUCUUUAUCAUCGGAAAACCAGACCAUGUGUGUGGUACUGAUCCCAGAAGAUCGAGCUACAGCUGCCGUUGGUGACGUCGACGGUGAUGGUCAACUAGACGUCAUUUCCAUCGUGGAUCUUGUUGGACCGAUUGUGGAUGCAGGGUACAGCUACACAGAGAUGAAGUCUCUGACAGUUAUACAAAAGAUCAGCCUCGCUCCCCUCCUCGGCGACGUGUCUCAGCGAGUCAGUUUGAACCCAGCAUCCAUCACUGACCAGCAUCAAGAAUGGACUGGACAGUUGUUACCUAUGGACAAACAGAACUGGGGUGGUUACAUGGGUACUAAGGGAAACUCUAUCUACAGAGGUCACAACUGAUGCAAACCAGGGGUUAUUCUAUACACAGCUAAUUUCUGAAUUGAUCAAUAUGGUGAAACGAAGAUCCAAGACCACUUACGCAAAGUUGGACUCAUCUCACAGAGGCUGACAGGAGUAACUGGUCGAAGGUCUAAAUUUCACCAUAUUGAGCCUUCACCAGCAGCUCUCAUUAAUGCUGUUUCAAGAUGUCAACAAAGCAUUUUCGGCAUUAUAUCAGUCUAUGAUGUCAUAAUAGUGAGCCUCACUUUGAAUUUCUAAGGUCAAUAAUAUUUAUGACCCCGAGAUAGUGACUGUACAUUCCACUGCAGGGCAGGUCAGACACCAUAAUACAAUGUUGAGUUGUGUCAUUGAGUUGGCCAAUCACAGCAUUAGAUUCUCAUUACAGUAAUAUUCCGUCUUUUCGUAUCGCAGAGUUAUCUUCUCUUGUGAGCA